AUGGUGUCCUACUCUGCACUCUUAUUGCAAGAGCGUUCUUUUGGCCAGGGCUGGGCCGCGGCGAGCGCCGCCCUCUUUUGUCGUGCCGGGGAGCAGCUGCCGGACUUCGGCCGCGACGCAAAGCAGGCAGCGGGCGAGGAAGGCGCCGCGCUGCCCCCACCCCGGGCUCCGCUCCGUUUCGCGGGAGCCCCCGCCCGGGACCGCUCUCUCUCGGCCGCCCCGCCCCGCCUCGCCUCCCCGCCUCCCCGCCGCGCAGGGCCGGCCUUCCUGCGCCGCCGCCGCCCCCCGCCCCCCGCGCCUCUGCCCGCGUCCUCGGCGCGCUCCGCCUCCCCUCCGCCCUGCUGCCGCUGCCGGCGCUGCUCGUCCCUCUCCGGCGGAGGCAGCAGCACCAGCGCUCCGGCAAAGGCAGGCGAAGAACGGGCAGACGCGCCUCGGCCGCCUCCCCUGCCCGUCCGCCUCCCCUGCCCGCCCGCCUCGCUCGCUGCGCCCCAGCCGCGCGCUCCUGCCCGUCCCGCGGAGAUGGCCGAGAAGCCCGGGCGCCGCCGCCGCCGCCACCUCCGCCUCCUGCUCCUUGCCGUCGCCUUCGCCGCCCUGACCGGGAGAGGAUAUGCCGAUGACUUUGAUUUAGAAGACGCGCUGGACGGCGGCCCUCCGACAAAGCGACCUACUCACAAGCCACCCAAAAAGUCUUCUGGUGGAACAGGCGAGUUGGAUUUGCUGGACUACUUUGACACCCCGCCAGAGCGAACGACAAAACCAGCCAAGGCAACCACCGGCCCCUUUCCGAGGAAACCAGACGACGGCCGCUGGAAUGUACUCCACACCACCACCACCACCAAGCAGCCCAAAACCACCAAGCCGCCACCCAAGAAGACCCCAGCAAACGAUCCAGACGGUUUCGACUUAGCUGAUGCCUUGGAUGACCGAAACGGUGGGCAAGGCGGCGGACCGCCUAACGUCAGUCCUGGUCGAGGCUCGAAAGGUAGAGGUGGAAAAGGUGGAGAACCUGGUAUUUCGGAUGACGACUUGGUCGAUAUCCUAGGUGGGGGAGAGUACCAGCCAGAAAAGAAGAAAGGAGGAAGUGGUGGCAGUGGCGGUGGCGACAGCAAUUAUGAUGAUGGCACCCUAGUAGAGACGGGGACAAUUGCUGGCAUCGUCAGUGGCCUCGCCAUGGCCCUGAUUGGUGCCGUGAGCAGCUACAUCUCCUACCAGCAGAAGAAGUUCUGCUUCAGCAUACAGCAGGGUCUGAACGCGGAGUACGUGAAAGGAGAAAACAUGGAAGCUGUGGUGACUGAAGAACCGCAAGUUAAAUAUUCCGUCCUAGAACCACAGUCGGCAGAACCACCACCGCCACAAGAAAAUGCAAAAGUCUGAUCCCAGGCUUGGGCUGGAAAAGAAUCAGUCGAUGGCAACACACACACACACACACACACACACACACACACACACACACACACGUACGUGUCUCACUUGCUUGUAAUUUAGCUUUUUACAAACAUUUCAUUUGGAUCCAAAGCUAUUUAACGUGUGUUCUUCUGACUAGGACAAGCUUCUUAUUGUGGUAGGCUAUAGGCUGGUUGAAAAGCGUUCCUGGUUUUGUUUUGUUUUUUUGUGAAGAGUUGUAGGUUUACAUUGACAUGGUCAUGUAGGAGUUUUGUCAGGAUAAAUACAAAAUACAAGGGUGCUUCAAAGUGGUGUUUCAUAGUAGAGAUAGAGAAUUCCAUGAAGGAAAAAUAAAAGCAGCAGCUGGGUAAUGACUACAGGUGUGAGAACAAAUGAAGUGCCUGUAAAUUAACAAUCCAAAGCAAACCAUUUAGAAAACCUUUAUAAAAUGACCUUCAGCCGAAUUUCGGCAGGGGGGCGUAAGCAUGCAGCUUCCACUGACAGCAGUGCAAGUUACAUGGGCGUUGGCGGGUGAAGCCCUUUGCGUAGCUACACCUCAAGAUAUACAAGUGCCUGCGGGGUAGAUCUUCAUUUGGCAGAGGACAGCAAGUGAACAUUACCCCGUGCAACUGGGCUUUGCUACGGCUAUAGACCAGCUGUUCUUUUGCUACCAGAAUCCUAUGCAGGUAGUAGUUGUGUAUGCAGUGUUUCCUAUUAAAAAUCCAGGUAGCUUUCAGGAGGCCAGUAUCCAAAAAAACAAAAGACAAAAGUCCCCGUCCACCCCGCUGUGUAUAAUUUCCUAGACUUGGGCAGACAGCUCCAGAUUGUGUUCUCUCUUGCUCCAGCUUUAAAGCCUGCUUAUGGUGCUUGAAUUUCAGGGGUUGCAAGCCUGACUCACGCUGGUUUGCUGCACCGGGCAACUUGAGAGGUUUUGUGCUCCUAGGCUCUCUCACAGCUUGGCUGAGGAUGCUGUGGCGCUCCUGCCAGCUUACACCCUCAGCGCAGUUUGGCCCCCAUGAUCCAGAAGGUCUGAAGUAGAGCGCUGGCAUCCAGAUACUGGGAGAACCGAGCUGAGUACCUGGGUUGGCUAAAAUCCAGUAAAAGGCACAUGAGCUUUUGGGUAAGGAAAUUAAGUGACAAAAAUGGGAUGCAACUGUGCUGGAUAGAUUUGGCAGAAUCCCCAUCUGAAGACUUUGCGGUGAGGCAAAAGAGAACAGUUCCAAGGCACAUCUCAUAUUCUCCAUAGUAAUAUGGGUCCAUAUGUUGCUGCCUUUCCCAGUUUUUUCAUCCUAUGGAUCCCCCCCCCCCCCCCCCGCUCAGGUCUGGUCUAAACAAAAGAAACCCCACUGUGUGAUAAAAUGGUUCAUGGACGACGCCAAUUUAGCCUGCAGAUGGUCCGGACACUAUGUGGGCCUCGUGACUUGAAUGCUCCCCAUAUUUUAAGAAAUGUACAUAGAAAACUAGGGCGUCCGUGAGAUGCUUCAGUUGCUGCAGAGGGAACACUCCCACAGGGGAGCGAGCCUUCAUACUUGCAGGCUGCCUCUCCCAGUUUGGAUUAGUACAAUCCAGGAACAUUUUUUCACAUGUUGAGCUGGGUUGGGGUUUUUUAAAAAAAUUGAGACUCAUUAAUAGUCUCACAGUUGAGGGACAAUCUGAAUUCACUUUGACAUCUGAGUAUUUUGCCACAAGCUCACUCCUGGUACCUUCUCUUGACUCCCAGCAAUAGGGGACUGGAAGAGAUAAAUCCAACAUGAAUGUGACGCAGUAAUUGUUUAGUGACCAGUGUCACGCAAUUAAUGAUCGUCUUGCAAUAUGAAAUCCCAUUCGUGUUACUUAUUCCUCCAGUUACUUUUUCUAGUGGUGCCGGGCUGGGCUGAGAAAUGUCAAUCUGUGCUGCCUGCUAACAAAUCCUGGUAUUUCUUAAAAUCCACAAGUUUAGGGGUCUUACGCAGAGCCACGUCACAGGUAGUACAGUCUUCCAACAGCAGCACUUCAGGAUCUCCGUCAGAGGUCUUUCUCAGCUUCUCUACCUGAGAUCUUUCACUAGUGAUACCAGGAACCAGGAGCCCUAUCAGUACAAAUGAUGCCCUCUGCUCCUGGGCUGUGCAGUAACGAAGAUCAAAAUCUGGUCCAUGUGGAUUAUUUUUUAGGCUACGCUCCUAAGAGUCCAGCAUUUCACCAUUGUAGCAAGAUGUACACUUGCACAUCUUGUGUUGAAUAAUUAGUCAUGUUAGUGAGUCAACAGAAAGGGUGUACUAUAUGUGUGUGUUUUUAAAUUAUGCACAUCUCUUCGAGGUGGUGAAAAAUAACCUGUGCAGAUAAAUUAUCUAUCCAGCUUUUGUCUGUUUACAAACUAAUCUUUAGUGCUUUUUAUAGGGGGCGGGUGGGGUGCCUUGCUUUUAUAGGUAUUUGUACAGGAAUCUGGAGACACGAGUGCCCCCCUCAAGCAAGGGAGAGCUGCACCUGCUUGCGAUGCAGAUGUGGUGUACCUGAGCCCCGCUGAACUGGCUGGAUGAAUCUCUUAAUAUAAAUGGAGCUACCAGCUGUUAUCCACAACGUGCUGCCCCUAACUAUACCUGGAUUGGGGCUUAAGGUCUGUAACUAGAAGAGGACACUUGUCUCUUGCAAUCCCAACCUUGUACAUGUUCGCCUUGAGGUAAAUCCCACCGAUUUCAGUGGAACUUACUUCCAUGUAAGUGUGCUUAAAAUUGUAGCCUAGAUGUCUGAUGACAGCUGUGCAAAUUCCUUCUGCUCUGUUUUUGUUUCGUAAUUUGCGUUUCAAAAGCCUUACAGUAGCGUUGAAGAAAUACGUUAUCAUCUUUUGAAUGUAUUUAGGCUCUCAUAACGAUUGCCAGGAUAAGCUUUUUUCCCCUCCAAAGUUCUGAUUUUACUGCUGGCUUCUAUGGGACUAAAACAGAGGAGGAAAUCACAGAAGGAAUACAGCUUACUUGCUUAUUGAAGGGCACUUCUAACAUUGCAGCCCCCAGAAUGGAAGCCACUAAAAACGACCUCUGCGUGGUACUACUCUGAUGUAGAGGCUCCACCAGAGUAGGCCAGAACACCUGGAAAGCACCAGUCUGGCAGAGCACCACUCGUAGAAGUGAUUUUGGUGGUUUCCACAUUUGAGGUUGCCCUUAGAUACUAUAGUGUAGGAUUCUUUUAGGAAGGUUGUGGUUUGCAAAUUUUGCAGAGCACAAAUAAGUCUGACGCUAACAAUACCACACAGCUGAAUUUACAUAAUGGCAUAUUUCCAACUACUGUAGCAUAUCUUUUUCUUUUUUUACUUUUUAGUAAAGUACAUCAAAGAUUAGAGUAGGAUAAAGUAGUGCAUCUUUAGAUAAAUAGCAAGGAAAUAAUAAGUGUUACUAUGACGCUAGUACUUUCACUAGGAGUCAUUUUCUCAGAUAGAAGAAGUAAAAUAUAAUUCCUUAUUUCUUUUUGCCAAUGAUGGAAAAUGUUUCAGUAGAUGUAAGUUGUCAAUUUUGUUGUAUUUCUAUUACUGCACUGUCCUGUCACUGAUCUGAAUCUUGCAAUACAGUGCAUAUGUGUGUUAAAAAAACCCCACUAACCACUUAGACAUUUGGAAUGUGUAUGUAUUGCAGAUUUUUUUUGUAAAAAAAAACUAAAACAAUAACAAAACAACAGAAACCGUAGUUCCACUAAGAAAAAUACCAGAAUUUCAGUACAUUAACUUUUAAGCUACUUCCUCCCCCAAAGCCUUUUUAUAUGGAUUUGGUAAAUGGUUAUGCUUUAAUGUAAAUUUUAGGUAGAAUAUAAAACCCAGAGUAUAGAAAUGCACGGCUAAAGGAUUUCGAAUUCUGCAGCUGUACAAUUCUGCAUCCAGGGACACAGCACAAUUACGACUUAUUUCUGAUGAACGUAGAAACUCUUUUAGAAAUAUCCCGGGGGAGAUCUCCUCCUGCCUCCCCCAGAGAAUAGACGUCCCCACAAGAGGUCUAGGAGUAGCGCUCCUUCCCCUGUUGCUAAGCCAGAAGCGAAAGAGGAACGUGGAGUAACAGGAAACUGCAAGAUCAGGCUUUGGGAAGAGGGGGCAGCCAGAUCCCUGACCCAGGGGUGCAGAGCCUCAGGCCUGGGAUCCCAAAAAGCCACCAGCACCAUCGACUCUCGGGUGGUUUCCUGGAUUUUGUACAGGUCUCCCCCCUCUCCACCACCACCACCACCCCUGUUCUAAAAAGUGGAAAUACCUCUCCUAAAGCUUAGUUAUUGGCCUUUACACUAAGGUAUGCUGGUAUAUUCACCCCUGUCCCUUUCGGGGGCCACGUUCCAUUCCACGGCUGGUGUUUUGGCCCUGCCCCUUUUGCCUCAGGGGGCGGGGUGUAUUUCACGCCACUGGGAUACAGACCCCCAAAGCUUAUCUGAAGUGGCAUCCAGCCCUCAGGCUGAAAGUGGUUCUGGGCCCCUUGGUCCAGCCACUCCCUCUUCACACCACAGCUCUUCAGAAAAGCUAAGCUCUUGGUGAAGGUGCUACACUCUGCUACUGGUAAGACGUACAAAGAUAGAACAUGUUGAGUUAGAACAUUCUGAACCAGACCACUGGUCUAGCUAAGCAUAGUAUUGUCGACUUUUAACCGGCAGUAGCUCUCCAUGCUCAAAGAGGCGCAUAGACACACACAGAGAGAGAGAGAGGCCAGAGAUUGAACCUGAGGCCUUUUGCAUGUGCUCCACCGCUGAACUAGAACCAUUUUCCAUUGUCUGUACACACAACCAACAACACGUUUGGCUUUUCCUGGCUGAUUUCUCUGUCACAUUGCCAGCUGUGCAGUGCUAUACCUCCAGAAGGGAUACAUUUCUGUUUUUCUACUGUUUUUUAUAUAUUCGUAAUUAAAACUGUGUGCUGAAUCGUCACAUCAAUAAGCUCAGCCAGAUGUUCCAGAAUAGGUCAAGUGACAUGCAUUAAAGUCUUCCAUCAGGCCAAAGAUGUAUAUAAGACCCCUUUCUUCUGCCCUGAAUUUAAACACACACACACACACACACACACACACACGCAAAGAGAAGAUGCCUAAUUAAAGAAGAGGAGUUUCCUGUAUUGUGCAAAAGUAUGAGAAUACUGGUAGGGACCUAGACAUUUUAGCUUGCUUAAGAUUUGGCUUCUCUCUUCUUUCUUAGCUUGCAUCUUUGUUUGGCAAAAUGUUUACGGCCACAGAUCAACAACCCAACCUACUUUAUAUUCUCAUAGUCAAUGGAUUAUUUGCUUUUUCAUGAAUUGGUGUUCACCCAAGAGAAGUCCAUAACUUUACAAACAGAAAAGGGGACUAAAGUGAACGGAUUAUAUCCUUUGCACACACAAAAAAGAGAAAAUGCAGGAGAAUCCAGACAGAAAAUUAAAAGAAUAGAUUGUGCCCAAAAGACACCAAGCUUUUAUUUAAGCAAUACAUACAUACCUUUGGCUAAUACAAAAUUGAUCUGUCCCAGAUGAAAACGGUGUAUUACGUUGCCAAAAGGCAGGCUCAUUUUGCUAAAGUGCAUAUAAGAAUGAUGGGGGAGGUAUGAACCAAACUUGAUUGCUGAACUACAAACCAGAAAACAAUAAAUGAACGAUUGACUUGUACAACA